AUGGCUGACAAAGUCGAACGUCAACGUGACAGCGGACGUGACAGAGACUGGGUAAUUCGCUCGUGGAAGACCGGUGGGUUCGCGCGAACUUUAGCAGGGAGCGCUCCCGAGGCGAAGCUAGCUCAAUACGAGCAUUAUGUGCAGGAGCUAACGAGGGAUGGGCUGCAGUCCGAGGCUGGUUCCAAUGGUGGUGCCAGCACCGUCUCCACCGACGGAGAAACAAGCGACGGGAGCGGCGCUCUCUCAACCAGCUCCACCGCCGGUGACCCUAGCGCACCUGGUGUGGAGAAGGGCCACGACGGCACGGGCCCCGGGCUCGAAGACGAAGGAGGGCAGCCGGAUAAUCUCCGGUUUCAGGAGCAGCAAGUGUCGCUGGGGCAGCAGGACCAGCCCCCUCCUGACUUGGAUGACUUCCUCAGGGAAGCCCAAGCAAAGGCUCCCCUCUUCGCGGGCAUGAUUGUCAUUAUCAUGCCGGAGGCCUCCUCCGGACAGGUCGACAUGACGGAGAGGUCCUCCAAGUCGUGGGGGUUGGUGGCGGCGGACCACCAGGUCGUGACCAUCGACGGCGGUGGGGGUACGGGAGCCGGGGACGGCGAUGAUAAGGUUAUGAUUAAAGCACCCCGUACGGGGGCGAGGGCGCUACGAGUGGAACGAUCGCGGGUGGCGAAUUCCACCGCGUACCAGGGAAUGGCCAUGGAGGCAUGGGCUGCGGCGGAACCGAAAGCGAACGCCCUCACCAACCUCUCAACGGCGGCUUCUCACGAGGCCUACCGUGAGGAGGUCCGGGAGGCUGGGGGGUUGUGGACUCCCGACGAAGUGAGUGCGGCGCUCGAGGCUGCGACCCAACUGCGGUCGUUGGACGACUGCUACCACCGCCGCGAAAAAUGCUGCAUCAAGGUGCCUGAUGGGAAAAAAAAUCACCAUCUGGUGGACUUCUGCCGCCGCUUUAAGCGCAUCCCGCGGUGA